AUGGAAGUAAACAUAUUAUUAUUUAUAUAUUGUACAAUAAUAACAUUAUAUUUGAUAUAGAAAAUAUUUACAAGCAAGACUAAUAAUAAUAACAAUUUGGUGAAGGAUUUAAUGUAGGAAAUAGAGAAUUUAAAGAAUGUUAAUAAUAAUCAGAAUAAACAACAGAAUAGUCAGAUUACUCAAAUAAAAUAGCACUUCACUGAGUUGACUCAGAUUUAGGACGAUUUCCAGAAAAGUAUGCUAUUUCUAUGAAUUUGAAUAGAAUUAUUGAAUACUCAAAUAAAAUUGAUGCAACAUGUAAAUAAAACUUAUUCUCAAAGAACUAAUUCACAGCAUAAUAAUUCAGUUUUAUCAUAAAGAGAUUAGUCAAUAGAGGAGAAAUGA